ACAAUCCUCGCAUAAUUUACCGGCUUUUAAUCUAUAAAAUGACCCUAACAAUUUGUUUCUCUCAACAGUCAUAACUCAUUGUCUGUUCUAUUUCAUACACACUAUGGCUUCUCUUGCAAACCAACUCUCUUUCUUCUCCUUAUUCUUUUUCUUGCUUCUACUUUCACCACAAAUUCAAGCUAGACAAAACAAGUUCUUUAGCUUCUUCUCUCAUUUCAAAACCACCAACAAUGUCAAUGAUCCUCAAUUACCUCAACCUCCAUCUCCGUCACUGGCACCGGCACAAGAGCCUGCUGCAGCACCGGAAAUUGGAAGAACUACUGUACCGUCAGGACCGGCACCGGAGCCUGAGUUUUUAGUCGAAACGGGAAACGGUUAUGGUCUAUAUGGAAUUGAUUCUACUCAAUAUUCUUCAACCAAAGAAACUCCAAAAACCAUAACAGACUUUGAAAAUGAACUUCUUAAUGAAGACUUCAAUGAUGAUAAGAGCUACAAAACAGGUGAUCCUCAAACCAAUCUCCAUAACAACAAUGAAGUGUACACAAAAAGCUACAACAGUGAAGAGUACAAGAACAAUUACAACAGUGAAGAUCACAAGAACAAUUACAACAGUGAAGAGUACAAGAACAAUUACAACAGUGAAGAUCACAAGAACAAUUACAACAGUGAAGAGUACAAGAACAAUUACAACAACUACAACAAGAACUAUGGUAAUGGUUAUGAGAGGAAAGGAGAAUUUGGAAUGAGUGAUACAAGGUUCGUGGAGAAUGGAAAGUAUCAUUACAACGUAAAUAGUGAAAAUGAGAAUUAUAAUAACCUUAAUGGUUAUGAAUCAGGGAGAGGAAAUACUGAAAAUGAAGGUUACUAUGAAAAAAAUCAGCAUCCAAAUGAGUUUGAGACUAUGGAAGAGUAUGAGAAGCAACAAGAAGCACAAGGUUACACAUACACACCAUGAUGAGUACUUUUAGAAUGAGAUACACACAAUGCACACAUAUUGGAAAGAAAAUAUUAAGUAAUGAGAUAAUUGUGAUGCUUUAUUUUUAAGUUUUAUGCAUCCAUGAUCUUGCUCAGUUUCAUGUUUUGCAGUGUGAGGUUCUAUUUUGUUCGGAAAAUAUUUAACAUUUUGUGUUAUUAAUGUAAGAAUCAGAAAGUAUAAGCAUUAUGUCAUCCAAGGUUUUAUGGCAUUAAGUUAA